UUUCUUGAUUUAAAGGAUAUAUAUGAAGUUCAAUUAGAUGAAGACAGACUAAGUGCUGCUCAGGAAGUUUUCAGCAAAUACCUAUGCAAAGAUUCAAGUGAGUUUGUUGAUGUUGUCAAUGAAGAUUUGAUAGAACGCUGUCGGUCAAAUCUUCAAACUGCCAGUAGAGACUUGUUUUCAGAAUGUGCCAGAUCAGUCAAAGAUUUUCUGUCCAGAGAACCAUUCAAAGAAUUUGAAAAUAGCAUGUAUUUUCAUCGUUAUUUGCAAUGGAAAUGGUUAGAAAGCCAGCCUGUCACAGCAAAAACAUUCCGUAUGUACCGAGUAUUAGGAAAAGGUGGAUUUGGCGAAGUUUGUGCUUGUCAAGUUAGAGCUACAGGCAAAAUGUAUGCUUGCAAGAAACUGGAGAAAAAACGAAUAAAGAAGAGGAAAGGAGAAUCGAUGGUUCUAAUAGAAAAAAAUAUUCUGCAGAAAAUAAAUUCAAGAUUUGUUGUAAGCCUUGCAUAUGCUUAUGAAACUAAAGAUGCUCUUUGUCUUGUGUUAACUAUAAUGAAUGGAGGAGAUUUAAAGUUUCAUAUCUAUAACAUGGGAGGCGAACCAGGUUUUGAUUUAGAACGUGCAAAGUUUUAUGCCGCUGAAGUUUCUCAAGGUUUAGAACAUCUUCAUGCCCAAGGAAUUGUAUAUAGGGACCUUAAACCUGAAAAUAUUCUUCUAGAUGACAGUGGGCACGUUAGGAUAUCUGACUUGGGUCUUGCAACAGAAAUUGCGGAAGGUGAGAUGGUUCGAGGUCGUGUUGGAACAGUGGGCUAUAUGGCACCUGAAGUUAUAGACAAUGAAAAAUACACAUUCAGUCCAGAUUGGUUUAGUCUAGGUUGCUUUAUAUAUGAAAUGAUUGAAGGCCAGGCUCCAUUCCGUGCUAGAAAAGAAAAGGUCAAAAGGGAAGAAGUUGAAAGAAGAGUUAAAGAAGACAAAGAGAGAUAUUCCUCUAAAUUUAAUGAAGAUGCAAAAGGUUUAUGUUCUGAACUGCUUAAAAAAACAGUUAAAGAGCGAUUGGGUUGCAAUAAUGGGAGGUAUGGAUCUCUUGAAGUCAAAGCUCAUCCAUUUUUCAAAAGUAUCAAUUGGAAAAGGCUAGAAGCUGGAAUUCUUACACCUCCUUUUGUGCCUGAUCCACAUGCUGUUUAUGCCAAAGAUGUUCUUGAUAUUGAGCAAUUCUCAACUGUGAAAGGAGUCAAUUUAGAUGCAAGUGAUGAUACUUUUUAUAGCAAAUUUAAUAUGGGUAGCAUUUCUAUACCAUGGCAAACUGAGAUGAUUGAAACAGAAUGUUUCUCUGAAUUGAAUGUUUAUGGUCCAGAUGGAACUCCAAGUCCAGAUUUAAUGAUUGAUCAACCCCCUCCAGUUGAGCCUUCUGGUUGUUUUCCUUUCCGGAAAAAAACAAAAAAUUGGAAAAUUCCUAACAAAGUAAAAACAUCAAAUAGCCAUGCUCAUUUGUCUUUAUCUGAGGAACCUAGUUCAUCUGUGCUUUUGUUACCUCCAUGUGGAGCUUCCAGUGGUUUGAAUUCAACAGGUCAAGAACUGUCUUCCCCUGCUAGCUGA